UAGCCCGAGGAUGUGUGAUACGUAGGAAAGUGCAUUGGUCCGUUCCAUGCAUCGGUCCGUGUUCGGUGUAUAUGCGUGAUCAGGCGGAUGCCCAAGCGUGAUGCUGCUGGGAUGUUGUGCACCCACCCAGCUCACUCCACCUUUUGACCUGUUCUUCUGGUCCAAGGUCUCACAAAUACGACAUAUUUUCCCCAGAAGCCACGAGCCAGUGAAGAACCUGGGAGAGUUGAGAUGGUAUUCUGGGUGCUUUUACGAGAGGAAUAAGGAGACCGGUAGGUUGACGAUUUCUCAGCAGACUUUCACGGACGAGCUAGCAGCAGAAUAUGGAGUAGUGGGAGGUAGGAGCGUUCCGAUGUCUUCGGGGGUGAAGCUUUCUGAUUUUGAUGCGGAUGAGGUGGCGACAGACUUUCCGUUUCGUGAGCUGGUAGGAUCGUUGAUGUGGCUGGCGACUCAGACUAGACCAGACAUUGCGAAUGCAGUAAGGGCAGUAGCUAGGUAUUGCGCAUCUCCGACGCUGGUACACUGGAAUGCAGCGAUGGAUAUAUUAGGCGAUGCGAGGAGGACGAGUCACUUUGGUAUUUCGUUUCAGAGAGGUACGGUAGAGGGAUUGAGCUUGCAGGGAUACGCUGAUGCGGACUUUGCAAGCAAGGCAGCAGACCGUAGGUCGGUAUCAGGGGGGAUCGUGACGUGUGGAGGAGGCGCUGUGUCUUGGUUUUCCAGAACGCAGAAGUGCGUCACGCUUUCGACGACAGAAGCAGAGUACGUCGCGCUAGGCGACGUAGUGAAGGAGAUUUUGUUUUUGAGGCAGAUUUGGCGUUUCAUGUUGCCACAGGUCGGCAUGCCGUGCAACCCCGUCUUCGAGGACAACCAGGGAGCGAUUCAACUAGCGCAGAACCCCAUCUCAAACUCGAACUCGAAGCACAUAGAUGUAAGGCACCAUUUUCUCAGGGAACUGGUAGAGAGGAAGGAAAUUUCGGUCAUUCACGUGCCGUCGCCGUACCAGCGUGCAGACUUCCUUACGAAGAGUUUGUAGAAGGAUGCUUUCGAGUCUCACCGUGAUUUUAUGAUGAAUUUGGCAUGACCAUUUUAUUGUUUUUCUGAUAGGUUGUGUUUUGGUUUUGUUUUGCUUCUCGUUUUGUUUCCCGUUUUCUUUCAUUUCCCGCGCCAAGUAUUUGUUACGCGCGAUGCAGCAUUCAUAUUCCUUUGAAUUUUUUUCUCUCUCUUAUAUUAUUCUGGUAAAGUCUUGGUGGCAUAUCGUCUGGGAAAGACGUCUUUUGGUUGAGAUAUCGGGUGUUAGCGAAGUUUUCAGUGAGAGACUGUUACGAGCAGGGGGGAUGUUAGAUAUACUCGCAGCAGUAUCUGGUCGUGAGGAUCCCAGGGGAUACGUGUUGGGAUUUUCGUGUGUAGUAGGGUACCACCGGUGCAGUCACGGGGAUUCUUUUGGCGUGGUUGGUGCGAUGGAGCUUNCGCGCCAAGUAUUUGUUACGCGCGAUGCAGCAUUCAUAUUCCUUUGAAUUUUUUUCUCUCUCUUAUAUUAUUCUGGUAAAGUCUUGGUGGCAUAUCGUCUGGGAAAGACGUCUUUUGGUUGAGAUAUCGGGUGUUAGCGAAGUUUUCAGUGAGAGACUGUUGCGAGCAGGGGGGAUGUUAGAUAUACUCGCAGCAGUAUCUGGUCGUGAGGAUCCCAGGGGAUACGUGUUGGGAUUUUCGUGUGUAGUAGGGUACCACCGGUGCAGUCACGGGGAUUCUUUUGGCGUGGUUGGUGCGAUGGAGCUUGCUUGCGUGCGUGCUGCGCACUUCUUCUUCUUCCCUCUCUCUCCACCACCACCACCGUCUCUCUCCAAUCACGUUUCCUUCUCCCACUCUCUCUCCAACUCUCUCUCAACCUCUCUCUCUCGGUCUAACACGGCCGACUACCCAGUGCCCCAAGUAACGUCCAGAACGUGCUUGCUGCACCCCGCGUAGUUUACCUUUCAAGCGUGUUGGCAAACUCGUGGCUUCUGGGGCAACAUUUCUGGUACCCUGGAGUUGGUAUAUGUGAGUCCUGACAGCGAGUUUUCUGUAGAGUUGGAGAACGUAUUGUAAUCUCCCAACGUGGGAUCUCUUUGCAGAUCGAACCAUCUCAACCAAUGAUGGUAGGUUUUCAUCAGCACGCACACUAGCAAGGAAAUCUCUGAAAGCACCCCCAGCAUCUGAUUUAAUUCUCAGGAAACACAGCCAUGAACGUCUAGUGAAAUCAUCCUUCACUAUCAUGGGGUAAUGUUUACCCCCUACGUACGCAACGUCCUUCCGUCCUCCCAGGUCAACAAAAACUCUGCCCGACGUUUUGUCUGAUCUGCGUACAGUUUCACGAGCAAUUCCUUUCCUGAAUGCCUUCGACAUCGAACAUCCCGUGCAAGCAUUCAAUUCACCACUCAACUCAGUACCCAGUCGCUUUGCAGUUGUACGAAGCAAUCCCUCAUGGGCAUGAGCAUAAAUGUUAUGGAACUCGUUCACAUCCAUCUUAGUUUCAUGCUUGGUGUUCGAAGGAGUGAGGGCAGCCAACACCGAACCAAUUGAAUUAUCUUCGAGACGAUACGCAGUCGCAAUCAGCAUACCAUCGAAUUCAUGGAAAGUGACUUGUUCGUGGAAAGCAGUCAUCACUCUUUCAGGACCACCAAGAAGGUAAUUCCAUGAUUCACCGUCGAACUCUGCACUGGGAGAAAAGAGGUUGUAUCCCAAGUUGGGAGACUAUAAUACGUUCUCCAACUCUACAGAAAACUCGCUGUCUGGACUCACAAACACCAACUCCAGGGUUCCAGAGAAUGCUACCUCACAAGUCACGCCACCAAUCCCUUGUACAUUCUUAUCGCAUGGCUUCAGAUUCUUCAUGCAAGAGAGACGGUCUGUCAUGUGGAAAACUGUACCCGUAUCCGCAUCCCAAUCUUCGAUGCGACUGUCCCUCCUAGCAAUAGAAGAAUAUUUGCGGAAAGCACCAUCUCUACGCGAGUUCUGUCUCAUCACUUCGUUGUAAAAUGCCUUCAUACGCGCACCAUACGAUUUUGGCAGAUUGUCAUGACAUGGGAUCACGAAGCUAGACUUCCAUUCAUUGUCGAAACCUUU